AUGCCUGAAAGCGUUGAAGCGAAUCGCGAGAAUACUCUUUCUGAUUCCGUGGAAUUCGACAGAAAACCUAUGGAUAUUUUAGUGGACGCGCCGAAGAAAGAUCUUGCGUCUAAUCCACCUGUACUAUUACCCGCGACUCGACGGAGGCGAUCCAGUUCGGCGCGAAGUACGAUUAAAACGAAAGAACCAGAGGUUGUCGCGCGGAGAAACGCACGAGAAAGAAGAAGAGUGAAAUUAGUCAACGAUGGCUUUCUUCGCUUGCGCAAACACGUCCCGACAGACCCGAAGAAUAAGAAACUGAGCAAAGUAAAAACAUUGAGGAGUGCUAUCGAUUAUAUUCGGCACCUGCAGCAAUUAUUAAAUCAAGCAAGUAAGAAUUCAAGUAUACAGUUGGCGGAUUUUGCUAAACUGGAUGUUCUUCAGGGCGCUAAUGGACCGAACUCGUGGUUUUCCAACUUGGAUUUG